AUGUCCACUCCCAUAGACGCACGCAGUCGAAGGGACGAUGGCCCUGACAACGCUGAGGCCCAGCCGCUCCUCUCCGGCUCGCCUUCGUCGAACUACAGCCUCAAGGCGGACGGGCUUCCUACUCGGGACCCACGUGAGGUUGAGGAUGGUCCCGAGACGACCGCUAUCCCAGGAGACGACAGCGAGUUGGAGGUCAGCGAUGCCAUCGAUACCACCGAGUCGGUCAAGCCGGAGCGAAAGGGGUGGACGAAGGGACAGAUAGCGUGGAGGGCAUUGCUAGCGGCCGUUGUCGUUUUCUUCUUGGCUUUAUUCAUCAAGGGUUUCGUAGAUGCGAAGGAUACCAAGUUUGACUUUGGAAAGGCCUUCAAGGACGCGUUGGGAGGGGGAGUGACCGGUGCUGCAGCUAUGGUCUUGCAGGUCCUGCUCUUGAUGCCCCUCCGCACAGUUAUGAACUACCAAUACCGGUAUGGAACCUCAACUACGCAAGCCAUUAAGACCCUCUACGCCGAUGGCGGCUAUCCACGCUACUACCAGGGCAUCUUAGCCGCCCUUAUCCAAGGCCCCGUCGCGCGAUUUGGUGACACUGCUUUCAACGUCGGCAUUCUCUCCCUUCUCCGUUCCAAUUCGUACAUGAAGAAGCUGCCUGUCCCUGUGCAAACUAUCUUCGCGAGCGUCGCCUCUGCGUGCUUCCGCAUGGUCCUCACGCCCAUUGAUACAGUGAAGACAACAAUGCAGACUCAGGGCAAGGUCGGAAUGAAGCUUCUCAAGGAGAGGGUGAAGCGAUCGGGAGUAGGCAGCUUGUGGUAUGGUGCGCUUGCGACCGCUGCUGCUAACUUUGUUGGGAACUAUCCUUGGUUCGCAACCUUCAACUGGCUCGACGCUGCCCUUCCACCUGGUCAAGUCAUCAUCACGAAGCUCUUACGCUCCGCCUUCAUCGGCUUUUGCGCUGCCAUUGUCUCUGACACGAUCUCGAAUUCGCUUCGCGUGCUCAAGACGUACCGACAAGUGAACGAGACUGAGAUAAGCUACUCUGACGCUGCGCGUGCGAUUAUCGCCACGGACGGCCUUAAGGGCCUCUUUGGACGUGGGCUCAAGACGCGCAUCCUCACGAACGGGCUGCAGAGCUUGAUGUUCACGGUACUUUGGAAGCUGUUCUUGGAUAUGUAA